AUGGACGAUGAUCCGGAUUGGGAGAUGAUGGGCUUCUGUCCGCAGGGCAAGGACCCUGGAUUCGGAGAGUUCGUGGGGAAGGUCAUGCAUCAGUCCAAUGUGGCCUACAGUUGGGCGAUGAGCCAGGGCGACAGCUUCGUCCGGGCUGGACAGGUAGCUGCGCAUUGGCAUGACGAGGAUUGGGACGUUGUUUCGUUCCCCGGUGGGUUUGCCUCAGGCUGGGCGACAAGUCUUGUACGUGCGCCGUGCCGGGUUUGGCCUACAAGGCAUGAUGCAUUUCCCGACUUUGGAGGUGCGCGCGGUGGUCCCAUGGCUCCAGCGCUGGCGCGGUGGCAUGGCUUCCACAGGGUGUUCUCUUUCUGGCCGAGCACAGUGGCACGGCACAGACGCGCUCAUCAACACCAGCUCGAAGAAAGUCGCCAUGCGAGACUCUGUGGUCCGGACUUGUUUCUGACAUGCUCAGGAAGUACACAAUGGGAGCAACCUGCAACCUGCCGAAGAGGUCUCUUCAAAUAUCGUUUGUGCCGAUGGAGAAGUCCGAAGCCAACCGCAUGCACUGAGCCGACACCCCUCGCGCCGGCGGAGGUGGCUGGGGGCACGACCACGCAGUGCCGAGGAUACACCAUCCAAAGUCUAGGAGCUUCGUCCCGUGUUGGACUUUGCCACCAUUUCGGUACGAGCAGCCACCUGGGCUUCCAGGAGAACUCAGGCCAACCUUCUGCUCGCAAACAGAAUCAAGUCUAA